AUGAGUGAAAACGAGAUAAAUACUAUUGAUAAUAUUGAUGUGGCAAAAAAAGGGUUAGUUGUUGCAGGUUUAGCAAUAAGUACAUUAUCCAGCUGCUUCUUGUUAUAUCAAGUUUUGAAAAAAUAUACGAAGCUGAAACUUGCAUGUCUUAUAUGCAAUCUAUCUAUAGUAGCACUUGCAACUGUACAUUUUAUACAAUUCCUCGCAAAAAGCAUAAAUUCAAACGUCUACUGGUUAGCAGUCGCAAUCGAAAAUACAAUUUACACCACAAUGCUUGUAACCUUUAUUCUGGAAAUGGGCCGAAAAUUCUACCAAAAUAUUCACUGGAACACAAUAAUGUUUAAAUUGACACUAUUUGGUCUAUUACUUUUCAAUAUCCUAAACCUGACGAGCACCAUAUUCUUUAUAAAUGAUAUCAUAAAACAGCCACGAUACAUCAUUUGGAUAAUAAAAAUGAUUGCUGGUAUGUUGACGACAAUGUUAGCGUGCGUGUACACUUUUAACCCGGUGAUAAGAUUGUAUUGGGACUCGUCCACUUCGAAAACGGGACAAAUUAAUCCGAAGAAUGCAGCAGCUGCCACUUGGUAUCUUGUGUUGUUGGCCACUCUGUCAGUGCUAUACUUGAUAUUGUAUAUUACAGCUCUGUUUUCUGAACGUGCACAAAAGCAUUUGCCAUUAACGACGGCAAUCGAUACAAUUCUACGGAGCACAUUCCCACUUAUUCUUGGCUCUCCACCACCGAAACAAUUUAUCAAUACUGCCAAAUACAUAUUCAUAAAUCGGCGGCCGUUGAAUAAUGCAAUUCGUGAUCGUGGUGUCUCUACGUAG